UCAAAGGAAAGAAAAAGAUCUAUCAACUUACCAAAAUGAUGAAAUUGUUUGUUGUAGCAUUCUUAUUGUUACUACAACUUCAUCAAACCGCAACCAAACAUGAUCACCAGACCAAAAAUAAUGGUCUAAUGAUAAAAAUGAUUCACCGUGACUCAAGGAAAUCUCCGUUCUACGACCCAAAACUUACACUGGAAGAUCGUGUGAAAAGAAUGAAUAUGAGAUCAGAAGCUCGCAUUUCACAACUUUUGAUUGACAAUAAUCUAGAAAAAAAUGUUGAUGCAUUUCAAAUUAUCCCAUUCGAUGGGUACGAGUUUCUUGUUCCAUUAAAGAUUGGCACACCUCCUGUGCCACAAAUUCUUGUCAUGGACAUUGGUAGUUUAUUACUUUGGGUUCAUUGUGGCUACACCGAGGGUGGUGAACGCUCACCAUAUCCACUAUACGUCUAUUCACAUUCUUCAUCAUAUAUAGAAGAUGUGUUUUGUGAAACACCUAUGUGUGAGUUGAUAAUGCUUAAAGGAAAAUGUGGACGUGACUCGAAGAGAUGUGAGUAUACAUAUAGAUAUGUAACAGGUAUGACUCGGGGAAAUCUUGCUUCUGAAGUUUUUACAUUUCAGUCACCAAAUGGAACUGAUGUGACUAUGAACAAGCGUCUUAUGUUUGGAUGUUCCUCAAUACGUUCUAAAGGUGCAGAUCGUGUUAGUGGAGUUCUUGGACUUGGCAAACGAGCUAUUUCUUUGAUUUCUCAACUGGAUUUUCCUAUUGUAUCGGUAAUAUAAAUGAUGAAGACUAUGAUUCAAACAC